GUAGAUGCAUGUAGCGGGUUUCGUGGCCAUGAGGAAUUGUUAAGGUUAUGUUUGUAAUUUGAAAAAAUGUUUUUUAGGCUAAUUUCUCGUCAAAAAAGAGUUUUUAACAGGGUAUCGUACUGCACGGAAAAUGAAAAUAAGAAAAAAUUGUAUAGUAACACUAUAUUUUUACCAAAAACUACAUUUCCUUUGAGGUUAGAAAGCAAAAAAUUAGUGGAACGUGAUGAAGCAAUUACCGUUUCAGCUGAAUUUGAUCACUUGUAUAAGUGGCAAAGGAGUUAUUUAUCUGAACCAGAAUUUGUACUACACGAUGGGCCCCCGUAUGCCAAUGGUAGGCUUCAUAUGGGACAUGCACUUAAUAAAAUCUUGAAAGAUACAAUUUUGAGAUACCACAUUUUAAAAGGGCAUAAAAUACACUAUGUGCCGGGUUGGGAUUGUCAUGGUUUACCAAUUGAAUUAAAAGCGUUAUCAAAAUUUGAUGCUAGUUCAUUAGAAAUAAGAUCUAAAGCAAGAAAAUUUGCUGAAGAUACCAUACAAGAACAGAAAGAAAUUUUUAAGUCAUGGGGAAUUCUAGGCGACUGGAAGAAAUUUUAUGCCACUUAUUGUCCCGACUAUGUGAAAGUUCAGAUAAAACUCUUUAACAAACUGUACAACAAAAAUUUGAUUUAUCGAGAUGUGAAACCCAUCUAUUGGUCACCUUCUUCAAGAACAGCUCUUGCAGAAGCAGAACUGGAAUAUAACGAGCACCAUAUCAGUAAAAGCGUUUUUGUCAAAUUUAAAAUCCAGAACUUUCCUAACAGAAGCAGCGACGGGAUUUAUGCGUUGAUUUGGACCACCACCCCUUGGACACUACCCGCAAAUCAGUUAGUUUGUUACAACCCUUCACUAUCUUACAGUUUAGUGAAAAACUCCAGAGACAAACAUCUUUACAUUAUAGCUUCUGGUGCAUUAGAAAACUUAUCACAGACUUUAAAUUGCACAUUUGAAAUAGUGGAGAAUUUAUCUGGCGAUUUUUUGUCUCACUGCACUUAUAUCCAUCCAAUUUAUAAAGAUAAAACGUUAAAAUUUUUACCAGCGUCGCACGCUACAGCGGAUAAAGGCACGGGGUUGGUUCAUUCAGCUCCAGCUCAUGGACCUGAGGAUUUCUUAAUGGCGGUUAAUUACAAAAUGCCGAUUAAUAACAUGGUGAAUGAGUUAGGUUGUUAUAAUUCCACUGUUGGACAAGAACUGGAAGGAAAGUCUGUCUUAAAAGAAGGCACUGACAAAGUUUUACAGAUAAUUGGAGAUGAUAUUGUUCAUUUUCAUGAAUAUGAGCACAGUUAUCCUUAUGACUGGAGGACCAAAAAACCUGUUAUUAUCAGAGCUAGUGAACAGUGGUUUCUUGAUACUGAAUCUAUAAAAACCAGAGCGAUAGAGCUACUAGAAGAUGUUAAAAUUAUACCAUUGUCUAAAAGCGACAUAUAUAAACGCAAUUUAAUAAAUCAAAUCCAGAAAAGACCCUAUUGGUGCAUCAGUCGCCAAAGGAAGUGGGGUGUCCCGAUUCCUGUACUUUUCAAUAAAUCAAAUGAUGAUGUUUUGAUUAAUGAAGAUUUAAUUAGACACUACUGCAUGUUGAUAGAUAAUCAUGGUACUGAUUUUUGGUGGCAAUUGCCUGUAGAACAAUUAGUUCCAGAUGAAUUACGACAAGGAGUCUCUGUUGACCAAAUUCAGAAAGGACAGGAUAUAUUAGACAUUUGGUUUGACAGCGGAAUAUCAUGGGCCAAUGUCCUCGAGGGCGACAAAAUCGCAGACAUGUACUUAGAAGGAGUUGACCAGUUUACUGGUUGGUUCCAGUCGUCUCUCAUAACUUCAGUGGCUUUGAGGGAUAAAGCUCCUUAUAAAGCCAUAUAUGUGCAUGGUUUUGUGGUUGACGAAAAGGGAAUGAAGAUGUCAAAGUCAGUUGGUAACGUUAUUGACCCACUGGAUAUUGUUAAGGGUACCAAAAAUCAAAAACCGUACGGAAUAGACACCUUAAGAUGGUGGGUGGCCUGUCAUGCAAACCAGGAUUCGCUAGCUCAUAUAAGCAAAAACGUUCUUCAAGCUAGCGCCGACGAACUACAUAAAAUCAGAAGUGUUAUCAGAUUUGCGCUGGGAUGUUUGAACGACUACCAACAACCAGCUGUUGAUUACAACAGUUUAUCGUUAUUAGAUAAAUAUAUGUUGCAUUUGCUGUAUUUAUUCCACGAACAAACACAAGACGCCAUCAACGAUUACCAGUUUCACCAAAUCUGUAAAUCUGUUAUAAAUUUACUAACCACGCCAGUUUCUGCACUUUAUUACAAUGGAAUUAAAGAUCGAUUAUACUGUGAUAAUUUAGACGCUACAUCUCGAAAAGCUUCGCAAUAUGUGCUUCUACAAAUCUUCGAAAUUGUAACUCAAGCAAUAGCUCCAAUCGUACCGCAUCUUGUUGAAGAGAUGUUUCAACAUUUACCACAGAAAAGUGGUAGGACGUAUUUCGCAUCGCCACAUAGCAAACCAGAAGAAUUUUGGAAAAAUGAAAUAGUAGAGAAACUUAUGUGUACUAUUUUGAACAUCAAGAAAGAAGUGAACAAGGUAGAAGGUGCCAGCACUUUGGAGUCAGUAGUUAGGAUCAGUUUUCCUCAAAACGUAAAAAAAUUAAUAGAGGGAGAAAAAAUUUCUGACAUCGAAGCCGAAUUGGAAGAUAUUUUGCAAGUGUCUCAAGUUUUAGUGAAUUACAGUGAUAUAAAAAGUGACUUUAAUUUGGAAAUGUUUAAAACGAAUUACUUUACGUGCGCAAGAUGUAGACGAGUACAGUCCAAACGUGAAAAUGAAUUAUGUGCCCGGUGUAGCCAUGUAGUUGACAAUUUUAACGCAAGAACAGCGAUUGCAAAUUAAAAUUUAAUUUAGUUUUCGAAUUGUUGAUAUUUCAAACAUAGCGAAAUAAUGUGGACAAUUUUAGAAUAUAUGCAGAGGUAAGGCAAUUCCAGCAACUUAACUUUUUUACUUUGUAUUCCUAAAAAUAUUACUUUUAUUAAUGAGUAUGUUACUGUUGUUUA